UACUUCUCUCUCUCUCUCUCUGCUUUUGCCUUUGGAAUCUUCCGCCUCUCUCGAUAUCUCCACGUACGUGUGUGUGUUCGGUUUUGCCAAAUGUCGAAGGUAGGAGGAGCAUUUGAUCUCGCGUCAGGUGUGGGAGGGAAGAUGGAGAAGCGCGAUGUCCUCUCCGCCGUCGAAAAGUACGAGAAGUAUCAUGGCUACUAUGGUGGUGACGAGGAAGAGAGAAAAGCAAACUACACUGACAUGGUUAAUAAAUACUAUGAUCUUGUUACUAGCUUUUAUGAGUAUGGCUGGGGGGAGUCUUUCCAUUUUGCACAAAGAUGGAAAGGGGAGUCUCUUAGAGAGAGCAUCAAGCGACAUGAGCACUUCCUUUCCUUACAGCUAGGCCUAACGCCUGGACAAAAGGUUUUGGACGUUGGAUGUGGAAUUGGUGGACCACUAAGAGAAAUUUCUAGAUUCAGCUUAACAUCAGUUACGGGGGUGAACAACAAUGAAUAUCAGAUAUCAAGGGGAAAGGAACUAAACCGCAUUGCUGGAGUGGACAAAAUCUGCGAUUUUGUGAAGGCUGACUUCAUGAAAAUGCCAUUUCCUGACAAUACUUUUGAUGCAGCAUAUGCACUUGACGCUACUUGUCAUGCACCAGAUGCAUAUGGAUGCUACAAAGAAAUAUACAGGGUACUGAAACCUGGCCAAUGCUUUGCUGCAUAUGAGUGGUGCAUGACUGAUUCUUUCGAUCCCAAUAACCAAGAACAUCAAAAAAUAAAGGCAGAAAUUGAGGUUGGUAAUGGCCUUCCUGAAAUCAGGUUGACAAGAAAAUGCCUUGAAGCUCUCAAACAAGCAGGUUUUGAGGUCAUAUGGGAGAAAGAUCUUGCUGAGGACUCACAAGUCCCUUGGUACUUUGAUAUGGAUACAAGUCGCUUCACACUGAGUAAUUUCCGUAUAACUGCUGCUGGGCGUUUCAUUACAAGGAACAUGGUCAAGGCCAUGGAAUUUGUAGGACUUGCCCCAAAGGGAAGCCUACGUGUUCAAAUCUUUCUAGAGCAGGCUGCAGAUGGCCUAACUAAAGCUGGAAAGAGAGAGAUUUUCACACCAAUGUAUUUUUUCUUGGUCCGGAAGCCGCUCUCAAACAAUCAGUGACAUGUUAAUGUAAACUAAUAAACCUGAUGUCAUAGUCAGACAAUCAGUGGCAUGUUAAUGUAAACUCAUAAACUUGAUGUCAUAGUCAUGGAAUCUUGCCUGGGAUUCUGACAAGUUGAAAUGUAUGUUAGAGUCGGGUUUUUACCAAGCUAGAUGACUUUGUGGUCUCAACAGUAAACAUUUCAAUUGUGACAAAUAAUUUAUGGAACAACUUUUUUAACCA